CAAGGUAGUCGAGUUUGAAACGAGCUAGUGGUCGCCGAGACGUUGUCGUAGAUUGUUUCGUAAUUCGCAGUCAAAGGAAUGUUAUGACGUGCAGUAACUGUCUUUGUUUGAAUAACACCAGUUUUAUACUUUACCCAAGAAUCAUAGAACAAUGUGAUAGAUAGAGUACGAUAUGCUAGUAAAGGUUCAAAUUGCGACAUGAUUUUUUCCAAAGUAUGAUCGUUUCAAUAGAAGUUAUUAGUAUAGUUAGGCCUUCGUAUUGGUUAAGUUGUGUGAAUAUUGUGCCAAUAAUGAGAUAGUGGAGUGUUGUGAUGUGGUUGUGGGACAUGUGGGGGGUGCUGUGGGCCGUGGAAGCGGUGGCGCAGCUGGCGGCCGUGCUGGCGACGCCACUGGACCCCGCGCCAACUAUCCCGCAAGGGUUGUCGCUGUCACCAUUCGUGCGGCACUGGCAGCCGGCGGCGUACGCGCAUGUAGGGGGACACCGGCUGCGGCGCGCCGCGCUCCCGCCGCCCGAGCCCCCGCCACCGCCUUUGCGACUGUCCUUCCAUGCUCAUAACAGGGAGUUCAAGUUGGUGCUGAGACCAGAUCCAAGUUCAGUAUUCGCGGACGGCGUCCAGUUCCAUUCUACGGGCGGUCAAGUGGAGUUCAACCCUGCCAAAGUUUACUCGGGGAAGCUGGAAGAUGAUGAGUCAUCCCACGUCUACGGAGUUAUCACAGCUGACGGACUAUUUGAUGGGACGAUUUGGACUCCUACAGAAGAGUAUUAUGUGGAGCCUAUAUCUAGAUAUAACAUAGACCAUCCGAACAUGCAUAGUGUUGUAUAUCGAAGGUCAGACGUCCAGCAUCCGCAUGACACAAGCGAAGGGGCACCGUGCGCAUCACACAUGCUUCAUAUGAAAAGAACUUUAGGCCAAGAAGUUGAAUUAUUUACUGAUCAACGAAACCUUAAAGACUCAUCCAUGAACAAUUUUACUGAAGAUCUCCGCAGUGAAAUACAUAGACGCAAAAAACGAUGGCUCCCCGAGGACGAAAUGCAAGACGACGAGCCAAAGAAAAAUCCAGAAUUACCUUUAGACUUAGACUUUCCGUACACCAGCAAUAAUGAGCCGGUCGAUAAGUUAAGCACGAGAAAACCUAAAACCAAAAUCGAUAAAAGUAACCUCAUUACUAAAGUGCGACUCGAUUCUGAAGAUUCGAGACCAAAGCCAAAGACGCACGUCGAAGUGAUAAAAACGAAAGCAGGAGUAGUAACUGUUAGUAAGGAUAUAGUUAAGAAGGAGCCAGUGGGGUACACUGUGUUGUCGGCGAACGCGAGUGACGAUGGACGCCAUGUGAACAAGAGAGCGACUGUAGAUCCCAGGAAAACCACGUGUCUCGUGUACCUGCAGGCGGAUCACAUGUUCUAUCAAAGAUACGGCUCAGAGGAAGCCUGCAUUGAAGUCAUGACGCGUCAUGUCCAGAAAGUUAACGCGAUAUACAAAGUGACAGACUUCAACCAAGACGGCAAGCCAGACAACAUCACAUUUAUGAUCAAAAGAAUUAAAGUACACACAUUAGAUGCAUUGAAAGACCCUGCUUAUAGGUUUCCAAAUAACUACGGUGUAGAAAAAUAUUUAGAGCUCUUUUCAGAGGAAGAUUACGAUGCCUUUUGUUUGGCGUACAUGUUUACGUAUCGUGAUUUUGAAAUGGGUACGUUGGGUCUAGCUUGGACGGGUGAUCUGAAGAACGCUGGUGGUGUUUGCGAGAAGAAUGGGCAUUACCGCGGCAGCAUGAAGUCCCUGAACACGGGUAUAGUGACGCUCUUGAAUUACGGGAAGCACGUGCCGCCGGCUGUCUCGCACGUGACACUCGCGCACGAGAUCGGACACAACUUCGGAUCACCGCACGACCCAGAAGUAUGCACGCCAUUCGGCGAGGACGGCAACUACAUAAUGUUCGCGCGAGCCACCAGCGGCGACAGGAAGAACAACAACAAAUUCUCGCCGUGCUCGCUCAGAGCUAUCGACCCGGUGCUCAACAAUAAGGCAAGAUCACCUAAGGGGUGCUUUACUGAACCUCAACCGGCGAUCUGCGGGAACGGCGUGGUGGAGGAAGGCGAGGAAUGCGACUGUGGCUGGGCGUCUGAAUGUACCGACGUGUGUUGUCGUCCUCAGGCUGCCAGGCCGCACUAUAAGCCGUGCACGCUUACCGAACACAGCGUGUGCAGUCCUAGUCAGGGUCCAUGCUGCACCGCGUCUUGCACUCUGAAGUUCGGCGACAAAUGUCGGUCGGACAACGGGUGUCGGGACGCUGCGUUCUGCGACGGCAAGCGUGCUAACUGUCCUGCGAGCCGACACAAGCCCAACAGGACUCGCUGCGAUAAGGAGCUCGUCUGUUAUAUGGGCGAGUGCACAGGGUCUAUCUGCCUUGCCUACGGCCUGGAAUCAUGCCAGUGUGCCGCACGUAAGGACGACCCGCGCUCAGCAUGCGAGCUGUGCUGCCGCAAGCCGGGAGGCGCCUGCAUGUCUUCCUUCGACUGGAACACUGCGCCCUAUGACGUGCCCGACAUGUAUGCUAAACCGGGCACGCCGUGCAAUGAUUAUAAUGGUUAUUGCGACGUGUUCCAACGCUGCCGCGAGGUGGACCCGUCAGGGCCGCUGGCGACGCUGCGCAAGCUGCUGCUGUCGGACGAGAGCAUUGCUGGCUUCAAGCGCUGGGUGCUCAAGCACUGGUACGCCGUGCUGCUUAUACUGCUCGCGGUUAUUGCUCUACUGGUGGCAAGCACACGUUUCUUGGGUCGGCACGGUAAGAAGCUCAAGUCUGUGACCAUCAUCCACUCGUCCACCACUGAAACCGUCCGCCUGCCUGACGCUGCCGACCAGGGCCUGAUCGUUCAUACAGCUGUCAGGUCAAAACUACCUCUUAAGAAGAAAGUGGCUCUUCGAACACGAGCUUAUCGCAAUAAGAAAGAUCAUAAGAAGUUAGGAGACAAAGCGUCUCCGCUUCACAGUGCCAAUAAGAAGAGGAAGCCGAAUAGUCAAGCAAAAUUAGAAGAAGUUCCUAAAAUAGCUAAAGAAAGCACAGUUAUCGUCACAAACGCCGAAGGCAAAUCACCAAAACAUGUGAUACUUUCUAAACAUAAAGGUAAAGUUAAAAAACGAAAGACGAAAAUGAAAAAAGAAAUAAUAGACUACAGUUCAAUGCAGAAACACCCCGCCUCUCCGAUCAAAGAUACCGAAGCUUUGAGUAAGGUGCAAAGGUGGCUUCUCAGUUCGCCGCAACCUGCUGCCAUCCCCAAAUCUAAAUCCAUUCCACUUGGGCUCACCGAGAGGACCCACAGACAAGUACAGAAAGGAUCCAGAAAAACAAGACCGUCCAAGAGCGCCACCAACUUGCUGUCCGGCGAGAAGGCCCGGCUGCAAGUCGUGUUCAAACCUCCCUUCAGAUUUAGUGUUAAAAUAUGCAAGAGUGAUAAAACGAAAGUCGUCCUGGACAAAUCUUCUAAGCCCGACAUGGAUAGGAAACGACACGAAGUUGCACCACUGCCAGCUCCCGCGGACGUGGCGAAAGCCAAUCCAACCACUAAAACCCCUAAGCUCUCUAACUCCACGAGGGUUGUAGAAAAUACUGCAACUCCCAGUGCUCCUAAAAUAGAAAAAAUACAAAACCAAGAAAAUAAAACUCAUGGUUAUGCCAAUUUACUACCUCGAAGUGCCAGUGACUGUAAGUUAACGAAAAAAAUUCCCGAAGCUAAAGUUCGUAACGGACACAAAAAGAGUAACUCGGUAGGUCAAAAGAAUGAGACCACCGAGAGCCGACAAAAUUUAAUCUCACAGGAAGAUGGUGACAACGCUCAUGUUUAUGAAAAUGUAGUGAUGUCGCAAGAUGCUUUCGUUCCUAAAAGUUGCAGUAUGCCUCGACGACAGACCAGUGUCGGCGGCGGCAUCGCUCGGCAGAGCAGUUACGGCCAUUUACCUAGAGCUCAAAUCCGCCCACAUAGACAUAGUACAAACAAUAUAAGCAGGUCCAGAAAUAGCAGCUCCUCUGAACUGGAACACUUUUACAAUGUUAUCGAAUCGCUGCGAAAGAAUAAUGCCAACGAUGUAAAUACUUGUAAUACGAAUACGAGCAGUUCGUCUGGCAGCAGUCGCCACGACAGCGCGCUUCUUAAGCACAGCUCCAGCUCCAGGCAGGGCGGCAGCAAAACUUCACGUCAAAACAGUCUAGUCGACAAGCCGGCGCGGUGCAGCCCCACUGAGACCUCCAAACUGAAGAGGCAACUCAGCGAAGUGGAACUGGCCAAAUCCCACGGCGACAGCGGGCUGAGGGGCUUCCAGUUGGUGGUGGGGAAGGAUAAGUUAAAAAGACAGUUAAGUGAUAACGAGCUGUGCAAGUCCCGCGUGCAGCUGGCGAUGCCGAUGUCGGCGGGCGCGGAGCCGCGGCAGGCGUUCUGCUGGCGGGCGGAGGGCGAGGCGCGGCGGCACGAGCGGCACAAGCGGCCCGCCUACACCUUCGGCGACCUCAAGCACGGCCUGCCCAGCGCCACCGACCCGCCGCCCGACGACGACGUCCACAUCUCCCCCGAGGAGUUCUUAAAUAUUAUUGAUAAUUAAGUAUUAUUGGGGACGAGUAAGCGUACUAUGGCCGCGAUCGGUCAUUUAAAUAUGAACAAAUAAUUAACGUGUAUAUUAGAUACCUAUUUGCAAGAUGUACUAUUGUCGGCUGGUGUAAAUAUUGUAAUUUGCUUUUAAUAUUAGUACUAAUGUAACCUGCCACUGAAACAGACCAUUGCUCAGUUUGUCGCUCCCAUCGUACCAUUGGGAAUUUAAUAAGAAGUACAUACGUUAUAAUAAUAUCGAUCAAAGAAGUACAUUUUAUUUUUUAGAGCUUUUUUGAGACUUUUUUUUUUCGCCGUGAAUUUGUAUUAUUAAGAUUUUUUUUACUUUUAUUUUUUUUGAUAAAGUAUUUUUUUUUUGUAUUAUUAACUUUUACAAUCAUAGGGUUGUGUAACAUUAUACCCACUUAUAACUAUGUAUAGUGAAAAAUUAUGGCGUAGUAGUACAUAGAAAGCUGGCAAUGAUCUAGUUUCACUGAACGAUCUCUAUAAAAUGAAUCUCUAUUUUUUCUACAUGCUAUGUAUUGUACAAAUUUACUCAAACCUAUGUAAAGUGUUCAUGUAAGAUUAUUUAAUUACUUUAAAAUACUUUACGUCAUUCGAGUUCAUUUUAUAUCUUUUUUUAUUUUUUCUAACAUGUUUUUUUUAUUUAAAUAGCUGUCAAUUAGCAUGUCAAUCUGUUAACAUUAUAGUCGUUUAAGAAUAUUGCCUGUAAACCAUAAUAUUCGGAAAAAAAGAACAAAGUAAUUAUAAUUUAAUAAGCAAGACUGACAUAGGAUCCUAUUAUGUGAGUAUAUAAAUACACGUU